AUGAGUUUUAAUGUUGACGACCCUUUAGCUGGAAUUUUAAGUGACGGUAGUGAUGACAGUUUUUUUGAUGAUGAUAUAUUGGGUAAGAAGAAAUCUACAAAAAAGAAAAGUACACCUACGGCGGAAAAGAAAAAUGCGCUAUUUGAUUUAGGUGAUAUCGAUAAACCGAAACCUGUUGCUGGCAAUUUAGAUAAGAAAGAAGCGUUAUUCAAUAUUGAUUCUAAAAAAUCUCCAACACCAUUUAAGCGUAUUGAUUCAUCAAGGGAAUCUAUAAAAGUUUCUCAAGCAGAACCCAAAGCUAAGGCAGGGGUUGAUAAAUUGGAUGUAAGUAAAUCACCAGCAGCAAAGCCUAAACUUAGUGCGAGUACAGAUAAAAUAGAUAUACUAAGCGAUCUUAUUGAACCAAAAAAAGACACAAGUAAACCAAUAGAAAAAGGGAAGAGUUCGCAAUCCUUACUUGACGAUAUUUUGGGAAGUUCUACCACAAAAGCAGGAAGUUCUAGUCAAGUGUCGAGACCAGCUACUGCAGUAAAAAGUCAAGAAUUCGACAUUGAUUCUAUUUUAGGUAAAGGUGAUUCUAAAACUACGACUUCGCAUAAGAGUUUACCACAAAAACAAACUCUUAAAGAGAUAAACGAAAAAAAGGAAGAUAAUCCUCCAAGGAAAACUAAAAGUAGCGAAGAUUGGUUAGGUAUAUUUCAAAGUAAAGAGGAGGAAAAUGAUUUCGAAGAUGACGCUGGUAUGCCAUCAUGGUUGGUUGGAAGCGAUGCGAAGAAAAAGAAGGCCGAAGAAAAGAAAUCUGUCCCCAAACUAGAACUGAUUAAAGAUGUACCUAAGAAAGUAACCGAAACAAACGUGCAAAAAGAAGAAACGGCGACUGUGGAAGUGAAAGCUGAUAUGGAGCCUAGUGUUGAAUAUUUGCCAAAGCCAUUACCGCAUACUUCUUUACAUGGCAGUAACGAAGAUAUCACUGCUGAAGGAGCAGCUUUAUAUAUGCAACAACAGGAAUCACAGAUAAUGAUGGCAUUGCAGUUGAAGGCACAAGAAGAGAAGCUUGUAGCACUGCAAACACGCCAGAAGGAAAGUCAACGAGUGCAGCGCGAAGCCGCUCAAGCACAACAUGCGCAGUUAGAUGCAAUGUUGCGUCGCCAGGCUGAGAACAGACAACAAAUGCAGACCAUCAUUGCUGCCCAUCAGGAGAGGAUCACGCAGAGAAUAAAGGCUUUAUUAGGCACGGAAAACGCUGAGAACGAAGAUACAAGUUAUCCUAAUGAAGAUUUAGAAUCUGGAGAUCGGAAGGAAACUCCACAUUCUCGGGAAAAGAAGCAACUAUUGCAACUAGUGCAAUCAUUACAAGAAAACCAUGAUAAGGAAAUAGAUUUGAUGGAAACAUCUUAUAGAAGACAAUUAGCCUUUCUAGAAGUAUCGCUUACUCAAUCAGAAGCACGUAUGAAAGAAGAAACCGAUAAGCUAGAAAGAUUUUACACAGAAAAAAUGAACUGGAUGGAAGAACAUCAUCUGCUCUACAGAAAGUUGUGUGAAGACAAUCUGACUGCUCUCACGGACAGGCACAAAGCGGAAAGUGAAAUGCUGAGACACCAGCAUUUAGAUAAUGUUAAGGUGCUACAAGAACAUCACGCUGCACUUAUGGAAAAUAUAAAGAAUGCCGUUAAACACGAACAAGUACUUAUUCAAGAUUCUGCCAGCUUUUCAUCAGACUUGACACGGUUGGUAUCAGACGUUAAGGAAAACAAGGUUCACUGUCAAGAACUUGUGGAGAAGGUUCAAGCGCUUGUAGAAAACUCUGAGAGAAAGACUGAUAAUAGUAUACAAUUGAGAGAAACGCAAAUAAACGAUUUGAUUCACCAGCUGACAAAGGAACGUGAUAACUUUGAGACUGAGAAAUCAGAAAAUAGAGAGACUAUCAAAAUGUUAGAAGCUAGAUUGAAACAAAUGACCACGGUGGUCGAAGAAGAAUCGAAUACCUUAAAACAGAAGAGAAUGGAAUUUGAGUUUGAAAAAGCUACGUUCAAUAAACAGACCGAAUUUGCUAAGAAUGUACUCAAGAAACAAGAUGAAGAAAUAAAGAUGCUGAGAGAAGAUAUCCAGAAAGAAUACCAAGAAAAGAUUUCGAAGGUUGAUGAACAGAACAUGAAAAUAGUAAAAGAAAGUGCAGCACUCGCGAGGGAGAGGUCUUCAGUGCAAAGUUUGAAACAGGAGCUUGAGAAAAUGAAAGCAGAACUUCAGGCCCAACUAGAAGAAAUUACAGAAGAAAGGUCGAAACUAAACAUUGAAAAACAACAGCUUCACAUGGAGGAACAGAGAAUUCUGGCUAAAAGCCGUGAUUUGGACCUACUUGCUAAGACAGCCAUUGAGAAGCAAACACAAGCGGAAAAGAAAUAUUCGGAAGCAGAGUUUAUUCAAAGGAAAUACGAAGAAAGAAUUCGUAGGAUACAGGAACAUGUUGUAUCCUUGAACGCCAGAGAAAAACAGAUCGCUAGAGAGAAGGUGACACUAUCUAGGGAGAGGUUGACUUUGCAUAAUGAGAGGAAACAAAUUGAGGCUAGGCAGCAAUGCUCUCUGUGUAAAUCUAGCCAACAUAUGUCCCCAUAUUAUGAGCCCUCUUACGCAUUACCAGAGACAUUUAUAAACGCAGCUGUUACGAAAGAGUAUAAAAGUUCUGAAAUGACGACUGCUAUGAAUGCCAUAGAAAAAGAAAUGGCACAUUUAAUGGGACGGAAUCUUAGUUUGAGACAUAGUGCUGGAAUCGGAGAUUUGACACUUCAUGGGACUAGAUUCGAGAGUGAAGGUAGACACGAAGUACCAAUGCAGGCGGAGGCUACACAGGUUGAAUCUGUGUCUUUCAAAGAAUAUAUGGAUCCGAAAUUUAUGAUGCUUCGUUUGGAUGUACAAAAGGUUUUAAAUAACUUAGAUCAGAGUAAGAAAGAAAACGCGGAUAUGUUGUUAGAGGAGAAUAGCGAUUGA